AGUGAGGCAGCGUGGUGUGUGUGUGUGUGUGUGUGUGCGCGUGCGUGUAUGCAUGUGUGUGUGUGCAUGUGUGUGUGUAUGCAUGUGUGUGUGUGUGUGUAUGUGUGUGUGUAUGCAUGUGUGUGUGUGUGUGUGUGCGCGUGUGUGUGUGCUGAGUGUGAGGAAGUGGAGGCUGCCUCUCGCUGCCUCGUCCACUGACUCUGUGGGUGGGAAGCCAGGACAUGCAGUUGCUCAGGCCUACAGGGUCGAUUGGGGCCUGGCACACACAGAUGAGCUGUGCUUGUCUGUGAACUUCUGAGGCUGGCCACUCAGAGAACUGGGAAUCUGUGUGACGCUUGGUCAGGGACCUUGCGGGUUCCUGUUCUCACAUUAAUGUAAGCAGAAGCCAACAUACGGUUGGUUGUGGGGUUGAAGGCUUUUCUUGUGGCUUUCUCUCCACUCUCAAAUCCUUGAGGCUCCGUGCAUGCACCUCCCAGCCCCACACUGGCUGAAAGCCUCUCUGUGCUACAUGGUAGUGCUGCUUCUAACUCCUUUGUGGCUCAGCAGGACACCGUGAGGCCUUAACUGCAAAGGCCUGGGGAAGGGGAUGUUGGAAAGGUGACUGCGGUGUUGGCUGUGUAACCUGAGCCCUGAGAGUCCACUCUCUGGGUUGUGCGCUGCCCUUAAGAGAGCAAAUAAAAACAUGGACAAUGAACUUAACCAACUUAAGCCGCCACCCUUGGGCAAGGGUGCCAGCCAAGUCCGUCAGCCCAUCUUUAAGGUGCUAGCAUGAGCUCUGGCUUGGACAGAGGAAGAGGAAGCGUCUCCGUGAUUAAGAAGUCCCAUCACAGUGUGGCCCGGUUGGUUACUGUCUCAGUUCUGAUGGGGUAGGGGCUGCCAAGAAGUCUUUGUUGCUGGAGGGAUAACGGGUUCCCAAGAGGUGACAGCUGCUGGGAUGGCCAUGUUAAGGGUCCUGUGAGACUGCUGACCCCCCAGGCCACUGCAAAUUACAGACUGGAGGCUUUUCAUGCCCUUUGUGGGAACUGGACACUACGAAAGCUGACAGAGGCUUCAGUGACUUCUGUGCUUCUUCAGCCACGGGGGCGUAGGGAGGUGUGAGCAGCCGCCAUAGCCACCACACCUACGGCAGAGCUGAGCGUAAGCUGGAGCAUCAGGGACAAAGCUCAAAUGAAAUAGACAGCAGGCCCAUCCUGCUUCUGCUUGUCUUACUGACCUAGGUGAGAAGUCGUGCUCUGGCUGGAAGAAGUCCAGAGGUUCCCAGGGCCCAAGAGAGGGGAGCAAGCAUCGGCUCCCUCUUGAGGUUCUCACCUCACCAGGUUGGCGAAGGUGGUGUUUGCCCCCGUGCGCUGAAGAAGCCUGAGAACACUCCUGUCUGGAAGUGGCCUGGAGCAUUUAGGGCUUCGGAGAAAAGCAAGAGCCAGUCAGACUCGGUGGCAAGUGCUCUCACCCACUUGGCACGUGGCCCUUUCUUUUUUAUUCUUCUGGCGCCUUUGCUUCCAGAGUGCUGGGAUUAAAGGCAGGUGCAACCACACCAGGAAAAAAAACCGUUAAAAAAUUAUGUAUAGGGGUGUGGGUGAGGGUGUGAGGGUGUGUGUGUGUGCACAAAUGUGGGGGUCAGAGCGCAGCUUUGUUGAAGGUGUUUUCUCGUGGCUUUAUGGGGUUCCUGACAGAUCCCCCAGUGCUCAUAGUUUUGAGGCAACUGCCUUUACCUGCUGAGCCACUCACCAGCCUGAAAAGACAUUUUUAAGAUAGACUAAUUUAAGUAAGGGUAGCUAGAAGGGAACUCAGGGAGAGAAAGACUCGUGAGGCCUUAACUGGGCCGCCGGGGAGGGUGAGAGCAGCGAGGAGCAGAAGCAGGGGUUCCCCUCUCAAAGCAGGGGCACCCUUCUUUGCACUUAAACUGCAAAGCCACAUAUGGGAUUUUGGUGUGUUUUGAAGUUAUCGCCUUCAAAGAGUUAGUAAGACAUUUAAAUGACGAGGCUGGAGCAAUAGCCCAGAGGAUGGGAGCACUCACUGCUCUUGCGGGGACCCAGGUUCAGUUCCCAGGGCACACGUGGCUGCUCUCAAGUGUUCAUGCCUGCAGUGCCAGGAGAGCUGAUGCCCUUUUCACCUAGAGGUACCAGGCAUGCAUGGGGUGCACAUGCAUGCAGGCAAGCAGGCAUACACCUAAAAUUAAUAAAUAAACUUUUUUAAUUAAAUCAUGCUGGGCAGUAAUGGCACUCGCCUUUAAUCCCAGAGGCAAAGGCAGGCAGAUCUCUGUGAGUUCAAGGCCAGCCUGGUCUACAGAGUGAAUUCUAGGACAGCCAGGGCUUUGCAGAGAAACCCUGUCUUUAAAAUGUAUAUAUAUGAAUAAAUAAAUAAACGAGAUUGCAAAGCUGUUUCUGAAGGAACUAGGCAGGACUGUAGUUGAUGACGUAAAUCCCAGGUCAGGAAGGUGGGCACUGUCCCGUAAAAGCGAGCAAUAGUCUUAUUGGUCUGAGUCCCGGGAAAUAUCAGGGAGACAGAGUAAGGACUUUAGCUCAAAUAUGCUCAGGACCUAAGCAGUGUUCAUUGCUAUUUUAACUUUUUUUUUUUUUUUUUGCAGGGAGGGGGGCUGGGGACGUAGGGUCUCCCUGUGUAGUCCUGGCUGGCUUAGGCCUCAUUAUGUAAACCAAACUGGCUUUGAACUCGCAGAGAGCUGCCUGCUUCUGUGUCCCGACUAGUUGGAAUUAAAGCUGUGUACCACUUUUAAUUUUAACAUUUCUAUCUGAAAAUACUUUUAUAUAAAGGAAUAUUACCUCUGUGUAAGUAAUCUUUCAAAAAAUGUUAACUGUUCUGGAAUUCUUGAUUCUCUAACAAGCGGCUUAUUCCAGGCUCCUUUUCUUUCCCAUGUCCCCACUAUUUCCCGGCCUUUCUGCUUUUUCUCAGAAGAGGUACAGGGUGCUGAGAAGCACAUAGCCGCAGGCAGGCGGGAGGCCCUUGGCCCGCUUUGCUGUGUGCUGGCUCUCCGAAUCCAGGGCCUGAUCGCUGGCAUCUGGAUUCCGUGAUCUGGGGUGUCACGCUCUGACAAGUAUGCAGAGCCGGAGGGUGAGGGGUCCUAGGACUCAGAGCCUGGAGGACUGGUUUGGCUGGACAAACAUCCACCUGUGAGUGAUCAGGGAAGAGCAGAUGUCCAGGGCCCCCAGAGAACAAGGGCACGGGCUGUAAUGCUGCCCAGUGCUCGGGCGAAGAACCUCGGCAUCAAGGAGCCCAGGGCUCCGAGAGGGAAAGAGAUGGCUGGACCGACAUGGUCCCUGCCCCCUUGACUGGGCUACUCCUGGGUCCAUUUCUAACUGGGCCCCUAGGAGAGGCAAAGUUAGGCUGCCAGAGAGAAAGAGAGAACGGGCUUCUGGUUCCAGGAACGGGUUUGGGGUCUAGGAGGGAUCCUGAGGGGCAGCUCUGUGCUCGCCUUUUUCUCUGAUGCCAACCUCAGUCCACAUGAUACCGUGUCCACUGUGCAGGUCAAAGGCCACCUUAAAGUUGGGGCAACUGCCCGGCCUUGCCCAGGUGGGGAAGAAGGCGUGAGCAGGGAAGAGAGAGAGGAGUGAGCAGGGAAGAGAGAGAGGCGUGAGCAGGAAAGAGAGUGAGAGAGAGAAGGCAUGAGCAGGGAGGCGUGUGAGUCAGGUGAAGUGACUGUGGGGUAGUUAGGACUUGGGGCUGUGGGUGUAGCAGACUCUCGCAGAGGGAGGCUCCUGUAGAGAACAAAAGUUCCCAUCACGCUUGGUGCCAGCUGGUUGCUUCCUGCUUCCCUGAGAGAGCCGAUUCCCCGAGGCUGAAGAUCCCCAGCCCCUGGGAAUGCUGGACCUAGCCCACACACCUCAAGGUGUCUUUCACUUUCCUCGGGUUCUCUUUCCUGAGUUCAAGGGUGAAUUGCAGUAGACAUCACGUCAACACUCUUUCCAUGAGGCUGCAACCUUUCCGUGGCACCCGAGUCCAGAGGAGAACGAAGCCUGACCUUUCUGACCAGCCGAGGUCCAGCACAGCACUCCUUCUGUGGGGCACUGCCCAACCCUCCUGAGGCGCUGCUGGCAGAGCUGUGCCCACGUCCAGGCCGAGAAAGGCUUCAGGAGAGGCUGUGCAGGAACCCUGCCUGCAGCUCAGAGGUCCAGGCACACCUUUUCUGAGUACCUACACAGCAUGUACCAGGCCUGCGGGAAACAUGGAGCUGGUGACAUCCUCAGGGUUGCUCAACUCUGCUCUCUCAUCCUCCUCCAACAUCGUAUUUGUGUACAUGUGUAUGCAUGUCUGUGUGUGUGAGUAUAUGUGCGUGCUCGUGUAUGUGUUUAUGGUGGUGGGAGGCGGGAGGAGUCAGAAAACAGGUUAUUACAUAUUUGCAGAAGAGGCAGGAAACUUAACCAGGAGCAGGGUUGUGCUGUCUCUGGGGAGCUCUCUGGAGGACAGACUCCCUGACAGGAAGUGGGGAGCUCUCUGGAGGACAGGCUCCCUGACAGGAAGUGGGGAGUUCUCUGGCGGACAGGCUCCCCAAAAGGAAGUUUCCAUGUUUUGCAGAGCCUUCACUUCUUUUCUUUUAUUGCCAGUCAACAUGUCAGGGACCCCCUGAACACGGCCUGCUCACACCACGGAGGCUGCUCUGGUGCGGAGGGCAUGUAGGAGGGGUCUCAGCCCUGUGCUGGGAAGGGCGGUGCAGCAAGCCGCAGGCAGGUUGGGGAUCUGGGUUGGCUUCGAGGGUAGGAGGCUUUGCCCACUCCUAAAGACAGCAAGCGGCCUGUCGUUGGUAAGCAGGAGAAAUAGAAAGCCUACCUGUGCUUCAGAAGUGGAUAGCAAAAAGCUAUUGUGCGGUCGGGGCAAGAAGGCACUGGGCUGCUCAGCUGGAAGCAGGGUGCAGAUUUGCCAGUGUCUCCCCUCUUCCGGCAUGAGUUUUUGCAGUGGCAAAUCUUGGUUGUCAACGUGACUACAACUGGAAUGAACUAAAACACAAGCUGCUGGCCACGCCUGUGUGGGGUUUUUGUUUGUUUGUUUUUCAAGACAAGGUUUCUCUGCGUAGCUUUGACUGCCCUGGACUCGCUCUGUAGACCAGACUGGCCUGGAACUCACAGAGCUCCGCCUGUCUCUGCCUCCCUGAGUGCUGGAAUCACGGGCAUGCGCCACCGCACCAGGCUCGUGUGGGAUCAGAGUAUUUGAAGCAAGAAGAGCCACCGCCAACAUCCGCGCCACCUUCUGGUGGGCAGACGAGGGAAUGGAGGAGGAGGCUUUCGUGUUUGCCUGCCCUCACGCUCACUGUUCCUCGGCUGCGGCAUCCGUCACCCACAUUAGAGCCUGCUCGCGCAGGAUUUCAGCUCGGACUGAAGACAAGCAGCAACCCUCCCUGUGGGGACUGCUGAGACAUCCAGCCUCGCAGACUGAACGCCUUCCAGAUUCUUGGCCUCUGUGGUCCGAGACAACAUUGUCGCAGCCACGGGCUCAGCGUGAGGCGGGAUGGGGAUAGCAUCCAAAAAACCCCUGACUGGAACAAUUGUCUCCUGAGGCCCAUCCUCUGAAUGAGACAUGCUGGCUGACUCCCUAACAUCCACUGGCCCAUUUCUCAGAAUGUUCUGGGCCCUCCUUCUGCUGGCUGCCUCCCUGGAUGCCUAUCAAAGCUGGGACAACCCCGCGUGCACAGAGCGCGAGGUGUCCGCACCCAGAGGCAGCCGCGUGGAGAUGGCCUGUGACAUCUCCAACACCCUGAGGGAUGUCACCAUUGAACUGACUGCCUUCGGGAAAACCAGGGCCAUCUUCAGCCAGGCGCCUCCAGGAAACAGCGCCAACGGCUCAUGGCAGCUCCGCAUUCAAGGAGGCCGGGCCCAGCUGGUGAUCACAGGCGCCAGCGCCGUCCACGCAGGGCAGUACUUGUGGAAGCUGCACGGACUCCAGAAGAGCAGCCAAAAGUUCAUCCUGAAUGUUCCUGGUGAGCAAGAUCUCACCACCACCAACCAGGGAACAAAGAGCUUGCAGGUCAGUACCAGGGGCCCGCCCUCAGUGACGCCAGAGGUGAAGGUCUUCAUCGUCGUCGCCAUCAUCGCCAUCAUCAUAGGAUUUGGCUUAUUUGCCUGGUACGAGCACCGCCAUUCCCUGAGGUGCCACGAAGUCCCAGGGUUCUGGACAAGUCUUGGGUCUCCUGGCAGCCCCUACGUGACUCUGCCCUAAGGUCUCCAAGUCCUGUCCCAGAAGUACUCUAGGGGCCCUGUUAGUGCCAGAGAGCAGCCGUGGAGGACCUCACGGCUGACUGUCAUUGUACACUGUGUAAGGAGUAUCCUUGCAUUAGUCAAAUGCUCUUUUCUCUGUCCCCAUUCUGGCUGCAAUCGGACAUGGCAUGGUGGUGGGUAUUCUAAGAGUCUCCUGUCUCAAGUCUGCGUAAACACUGCUCCCUGUGUUUACAAAUCAAAUUCUCUGAUUUGUCAACUAAGCUGAUCAGCCAAUAGCUGGACAGAAGAGAGAAUAGGGCUGAACUUCUGUUUCCAGGAAAGCAGGAGAAAGAAUGAUUCUGGCAGGAGAGGUCCCAGGGAGGGAAUGAGAAAACUGCGGGAGCACAGAACGCCUUAGCAUGUCUCAGGGAUUUUGACUGGGAGGUAGUUAGAUUAGCUUAGAGGAUUAAUUUAGACCAAUAUUGCUCAAUUAUUGUGAAUAAAAAAAAUGUUAAAACUAG